GUUGCUUUGUAGGCAUGGCACCUGCUAAGAAACGUGCAGUAAAGGGGAAAGAAAAGGAAAAAGUUCCAACACCUAAGCAAGAGAAAGAUGGUGCAGUAAAGGGGAAAGAAAAAGAAAAAGUUGCAACACCUAAGCGAGAGAAAGAUGGUGCUUCUCCUGUGCCUGGAAAGCCGGAUAAGAGGCAUCGUAGUAAUACUAAUCGUAUUCUUGGCAUCAUGGAAGCUGACAGUACAAGUGAAGAAAAACUGCAGAUGCUUGAUCCUCUGGGUUUUAGGGGUGUGUCGAGGGUUAAGCUUACGAGACUCCCGGAUAAUUUUAUUGAAUGGCUUUGCAAAAGCUUUGAUGUGAGUUCAAGGUCUUUCCCGCUGCUACGGUCAGGGAAGUUUAGAAUUGGAGAGGCAGAUGUGGAGAGAGUCUAUGGUUUGCCGCGUGGACCGUAUGUUGUUAAGCUGGAUAUGUUCAGUGCAGCCCAGAGGCACAGGUGGGGAAUUGAGUUAGGGCUUUCCAAUACUAAGAAAGGAAAGGCGUCAUUGGCAAAUGUUAAACUGGCAUUGGAAGAGGAGAGGGACAAUAAGAAGUGGAGGGAUCUUUUUGUACUGUAUGCAAUGGAGGCAGUUCUGUGUCCCAGUGGAAAUUUGAAGAUUAACCUCUCCUAUGCUGGUUUUUUGCAAGAUGAAAUGGUUGCUGACUUCACCCAAUAUAAUUGGUGUAAGCAUGUGGCUGACCAUUUUAAUGACAGUAUGGUUGAAGUGGUUCAAUCAAAGUCAAAGUUCCCUGGUGACGUUCAUCUUCUUUUUAUUUCGAUUCUUGACCGUGUGAAGAACCCCCCUGAGCUGCCCAUACCGACCUGUAAGCAUAGGUCGUACAAAGUCGCAAGUGCUGCUUUUCAAGUACUGAUGGACGAAGGUCAUCUCAAUAUUGGUCAUCGAGAUGUAGUGAUGGAAGAAGAAGCAACCUCCAGUCAACCAAUGGGACGAGAACGUGUGCUGGGUUCAAAGAGGAAAAGGCCGGUAGAUGAUCUUGAUAUGGUGAGGGAAGGGGAUCUUCCGAAGCUUCCCCAUCUUGACCUCAACUUGGAUGGUGUUCAUUCGGUUGAAGAAGCAUAUCAGUUGAAGAAUGACAUGGAAAGUUAUAAGAGGGCUUUGUUGAGGAUGGCUGCUCAUUACAGUUCGAGCAUUGAACAAGUUGAUGAUCAUAUAAAGAUGCUGGAGGGGCAGCAACCAGAGGAUAGUCCUGAAGAUAAUGUCGAUUUCACUGAUAGAGUUGAUGAUGUUUCUGUUGCUAAGGGAACCAAUGAUGUCGGUCGCAAUGCAUCUGCUGCCAAUGCUGAUGAUGAGACUGGUGCUAACAGUCCAAAGUCCCCGGGUCUUGAUGAUUUGUCAAUGGAGAUGGAUAAGGAUGGUGCUGGUAGUGUUGAUGUUGUGGUGCCAGAUGUUGGUCACAAUGAUCCUGCUGGCACUGCUAAUGAUGAUACCUCUCCUAAGGGAGUGUUAGAUUCGGAGGGACUUGAUGAUCAUCUUGAUAAUCUGACAAUGGAGAUGACACAAAAAAGUGUUGAUUCUGAGAAUGCUAAGAAGGUGAUGGAGAUGGACAGCUGUGAGGAAAAGGGACAAGGUGAUGAUGGAGAUGACAAUGUUGAUGCUGCUAAGUUGGAUAACUUGGUUGAGAAGGUCGUAAAGUCUGCUAUGGGGGAUGUUUGUGAAGAUGUGGUGGUUGAUGAGAAAAGGAAAGAAGCUGAUGCCGGUGAGGUGCUUGAGGGUGGUGAUGGUCGUGGAGAUUUAACAUUGAGUCAGCUAGUUAGGGAGGGAAAGGUAAUUUGUUAUACAAAGAAAAAAUUUAAAGUGAAGAAUGCAGGAAGCUCAUCCGGUGUUGAUAUUGAUGUGUUGAAGGGUGCUGUGUUGCGAUAUGCAAGGGAUUCGAAUAACUUGAAGGAAAUCCUUUUCAGUCGCGUUGAUGGAUUCGAUUGCUUGUAUAGAAAGGACACAGAGACUUUGGCACAUGGGAAAUGUGUGAGUGUGGAUGUUAUUGACUGCUAUGCUGCCUAUCUGAAUCGGGAGCAAGUGAGAAGAGGGCAACUGAAAAGAUGGGUGUUCUAUUCAGGGCUGGCGCAAAGAGUGCAGGGGAUAGUGAAGAACGAAGGACCACUGCCUAAUUUUUUUGAAGAGACUGAUGAAAUUAUUACAAGUUGCAAGUGGAUACCAGAUGGUUUGGAUUUCUCACAAUGUGAUUAUUGGAUGUUCCCCCACUGUUCUGAUGACCACUACAGGAUGUAUGUAGUGAAUCUGAAGAACAAACGGUAUGAUUAUCUUGACAGCCUUUACCCUGACGACCUUGAUUCCAAGUUUCGUGCUGUUGCGGAUAUGGUGGUCCGCUAUGCCACAGAAUACAUUCCUGCCUGCAGAAAAGAGCCCUUCAAAUUUGAAGAAUUCAAGUGGGUUAGACAGCGAGGGGUGAGACAACGUGGUGGGAUUGACUGUGGUGUUUUUACUAUGAAUUUUGCUGAGUUUUGGGAUGGCAAACUGCAUCCAGCUAUGAGGAAUUGGCAAAGACAAAUCAAUCAGAGGCGGGAUGAGAUCACAUUAACAUUGCUGCUGAACAAGGAGAACAGUGUACUUGAA